AUGGCCGAGGCCCCCCCGCGCCUCCUCGGCCUAGCCCCCCCGCCCGCGGACGCCCCCCGCGCCGAGCUGGUGGCGCUCACGGCGGUGCAGAGCGAGCGGGGCGAGGCGGGCGGGGGCGGCUCCCCGCGCCGCCUGGGCCUCCUGGGCAGCCCCCUGCCGCCGGGCGCGCCCCUCCCAGGGCCGGGCUCGGGCUCGGGCUCCGCCUGCGGCCAGCGCUCCUCGGCCGCGCACAAGCGCUACCGCCGCCUGCAGAACUGGGUCUACAACGUGCUGGAACGACCCCGCGGCUGGGCCUUCGUCUACCACGUCUUCAUUUCUGUAGCUACAGUGGCCUCCCCCCUGGACUCCCCUCGGAGAUGUCCCUCUCCAGGGACGACCUCCACCCCAGCCGAGGGCUGGUCCCCAAUUAUAGGUCGGCAGCAGUGGGCCCUGCCGCCUGCCCUGCAGGCUCGGCCAGCUAGCCUGCCCAGCUUGCUGGCCGCUGCACCAGGCCUGGCUCUGGGCACCCUGGGGGAAAAGAAAGAGGAGAGGAGUAGCAGCCACGAUUGGUGCAGAGACCCCCUGUGGCGGACCAGGGAUGGGCCGGGGCAGAGACUUGAGAUCGCUCUGGACUCAGAGGCCUGGAAGGGGCAGGUACAGACCAAAGCCCCAUCUCCCCUCAUCUUCCCCACACCGCCUGCUGCUGCUGUGAGACUCUUGCAGCUCCCAGCCCCCAGCUGCCCCGAGAACUUUCUCUCCCACCCUGACCGUCUGAGAAAGAACAUCACCUGCAUUGGAAAUAAUCCCAGCAAAAGAUUUUUGCUGGUCUUCAGCUGCCUGGUGCUGUCCGUGCUGUCCACUAUCCAGGAGCACCAGGAACUUGCCAACGAGUGUCUCCUUAUCUUGGAAUUCGUGAUGAUCGUGGUGUUUGGUCUGGAGUACAUCAUCCGCAUCUGGUCCGCUGGAUGCUGCUGCCGCUACCGAGGAUGGCAGGGCCGUUUCCGCUUUGCCAGAAAACCCUUCUGUGUCAUCGACUUCAUCGUGUUCGUGGCCUCGGUGGCCGUCAUCGCCGCCGGCACGCAGGGCAACAUCUUUGCCACGUCUGCGUUACGCAGCAUGCGCUUCCUGCAGAUCCUGCGCAUGGUGCGCAUGGACCGCCGCGGCGGCACCUGGAAGCUGCUGGGCUCGGUGGUCUAUGCUCACAGCAAGGAGCUGAUCACCGCCUGGUAUAUUGGGUUCCUGGUGCUCAUCUUCGCCUCCUUCCUGGUCUAUCUGGCUGAGAAGGACGCCAACUCCGACUUCUCCUCCUACGCCGACUCGCUCUGGUGGGGGACGAUUACACUGACGACCAUUGGCUAUGGUGACAAGACACCACACACGUGGCUGGGCAGGGUCCUGGCUGCUGGCUUCGCCUUACUAGGCAUCUCCUUCUUUGCCUUGCCUGCCGGCAUCCUUGGCUCCGGCUUUGCCCUGAAGGUGCAGGAGCAGCACAGGCAGAAGCACUUCGAGAAGCGGAGGAUGCCAGCAGCCAGCCUCAUCCAGGCUGCAUGGCGCCUGUACUCCACCGACACAAGCCGGGCCUACCUGACAGCCACUUGGUACUACUAUGACAGCAUCCUCCCGUCCUUCAGAGAGCUGGCCCUCUUGUUUGAGCACGUGCAACGGGCCCGCAAUGGGGGCCUACGGCCCCUGGAGGUGCGGCGGGCGCCAGUACCCGACGGAGCGCCCUCCCGUUACCCGCCCGUUGCCACCUGCCACCGGCCGGGCAGCACCUCCUUCUGCCCUGGGGAAAGCAGCCGUAUAGGUAUCAAAGACCGCAUCCGCAUGGGCAGCUCCCAGCGGCGGACAGGCCCCUCCAAGCAGCACCUAGCAUCUCCACCGAUGCCCACUUCCCCGAGCAGCGAGCAGGUGGGGGAGGCCAGCAGCCCCACCAAGGUGCAGAAGAGCUGGAGCUUCAACGACCGCACCCGCUUCCGGGCCUCCCUGAGACUCAAACCCCGCGCCUCCACUGAGGAGGGCCCCUCGGAGGAAGUGGCAGAGGAGAAGACCUACCAGUGUGAACUCACAGUGGACGACGUCAUGCCCGCUGUGAAGACGGUCAUCCGCUCUGUCAGGAUCCUGAAGUUCCUGGUAGCCAAAAGGAAAUUCAAGGAGACGCUACGACCAUACGACGUGAAGGACGUCAUCGAGCAGUACUCAGCAGGGCACCUGGACAUGCUGGGCCGGAUCAAGAGUCUGCAGGCCCGGGUGGACCAGAUUGUCGGCCGGGGCCCCGGGGACCGGAAGGCCCGGGAGAAGGGCGACAAAGGGCCCUCCGACACGGAGGCGGUGGAUGAAAUCAGUAUGAUGGGACGCGUGGUCAAGGUGGAGAAGCAGGUGCAGUCCAUCGAGCACAAGCUGGACCUGCUAUUGGGCUUCUACUCGCGCUGCCUGCGCUCUGGCACCUCGGCCAGCCUGGGCACCGUGCAAGUGCCGCUCUUCGACCCCGACAUCACCUCCGACUACCACAGCCGUGUGGACCACGAGGACAUCUCCGUCUCCGCACAGACGCUCAGCAUCUCCCGCUCUGUCAGCACCAACAUGGACUGAGGGGCUUCUCAGGGGCGGGGUAGCACACGGCCAGCCCCUCGGCCUGGCGCUCGGACCCUCCCUCUGAGGCCUCCGGACUCCUCUCUUACUUGAACUCGCUCCCUCGUGGGGAGAGAGGCCACACGCAGUAUUGAGCUGCCUGGGUGGGCGAGAUACCCGAUGUGGGUGCCAGCGACCCGCCCCACCUCAGGAGCGUGAGAUGCCAGGCCGCACGGAGGGCAGCAGCGGCGGCUAUCCCGCGGCCUCUGGGCCCCCCA